AUGCAGGCCGAUUGCCCAGUCCUGGCGGUGUACGAAGAGAAGCUGGCGACCACCUCACCAAACGACAUAAAAGGUACGCCGAAACGCCAACUGGCGGCAUUGCCAAACCUUCGGAACGAUAGACAUAACGAAUGCCUGUAUCUGAGGUAUUUUUCAGCCCAGAUCCGCGACGAAGUGGUGAUUGUGUGGUACGGUGCAAGAUUAACAGGCUCAAACGGACUCCGCUGGGAGGCCAGCCUCGGUCGGCUCGAGCUGCUUCAGCCAGUUCACCCGGUCCGCCGGAUUCCACAUGCCCUCGAAGUCCGAGUCCCCGCAGGCCUCAAGGUCUGGAGGCCCAGCCAAGGGACGCUUUGGUACGAGACCCUGGGACGCUUCGAGUACGGACAGUUCGGAGUGUUCUCGAAACUACGAGGCCGGACGGUCUGA